AUGUUCCAGGGGCAGCGUGGUUGGUUCUGCCGCAGUGUCUGUCAGGACCUGAGGCAGUUCUGGGUGGACGAAGGCGGGAUGGUCAGCGACGCGCAGGCCGCAGACUUCCUGUUCAGCUGUGAUGCCUCACACCCUGACACUCUGAGAAUAUAUCAGAGCCUCGAGUACAUAGAAGAUAAUGCUACAGUUUUUCAUGCCUACUAUCUUGCUGCAGUAGCUAAUACUGAAAUGAAAAAUUCAGUGGCCUUAGGCCAUUUUGUUCUUCCUCCUGCAUGUCUACAAAAAGAAAGACAAACCAAAACUGUUCAUAGAUUUCCACAUGACAGAAUGGCAUCAAGUGAAAAGGAAAACAUUGGACCAACAACAGAACACAAACAAGAACUGUCCAAAAGUGCUGAGAAUCAUUUCGUAAGGACUCCAGUUAUAGAAAAGCAGAUGUGCUUCCCUCUUCAGAAUUACCCCGUGAACAACAUGGUAACAGGUUAUGUAUCAAUUGAUACCUUGGAGAAAUUCCUUGGAGAAUUACAUGACUUCAUUCCUGGAAGCUCAGGAUAUUUGGCAUAUCAUGUUCAAAAUGAAAUUAAUAUGUCUGCUAUAAAAAACAAGUUAAGAAGGAAACUAAGUUAA